CAUUAAUUCAUCUUAUCCUUAGCUCUUUUAAUUUCCUUUUUGUUCAAAAGCAAAUAUAAAUCAAAAAAACAUCAUGGGUGUGAAUACCUAUACUUGUGAGUCAACGACCACAAUUUCCCCUACAAGACUAUUCAAAGCUUUGGUUCUUGAUUUUGACAACCUUGUACCUAAAUUGUUGUCACAACAUGUUAAGAACAAUGAGACUAUUGAGGGAGAUGGUGGUGUUGGAAGCAUCAAGCAAAUGAACUUUGUUGAAGGUGGUCCAAUUAAAUACUUGAAACACAAGAUUCAUGUGAUUGAUGACAAGAACUUAGAAACAAAAUAUUCACUUAUAGAAGGUGAUGUUCUUGGAGACAAAUUGGAAUCAAUUACCUAUGAUAUCAAAUUUGAAGCUUAUGAUAAUGGAGGUUGUGUUUACAAGACAACAACUGAGUAUCACACAAAGGGUGAUUAUGUUGUUACUGAAGAAGAACACAAUGUAGGCAAAGAGAGAAUCAUGAAUAUUUCCAAGGCUGUAGAAGCAUACCUUCUCGCGAAUCCUUCUGUCUACGCUUAAAUAUUGAUGAAAAAGAAUCAGGUCUACACGUGAGAGAUCACGUACGUGUUGUGAUAUUAAAUAAUUUAAAAUGUGUGUGUUAUUUCUAAGAAGUUUAAACUCUUAGAUGAGAGACGUAAAAGUUGAAUGAUUGAUAUAUGGAGUUGUUUCAAUUCUUCCAAGGGCUUGAUGAGUGUUACAUUGUUAUAGUUUUUUGUUGUGUGUUGUGUGUUUUCCAAGUGUAUGUCAUGGAAAGAACUUUCAAUAAAGAAUAUUUUACUCUGGGGGACUCGAACCCGAGACUUCUGA